AUGACAGGGACCGCGGCCGCGGACCCGGUGGCGGACGGGGCUGGCGCGCAAGCGCCGGCCACCGUCGUACUGCCGGGGAUGCGCGGCGGACCCUGGAAUAGCUACAUGAUCGCGCGCAACUGGAGGACGCGGGUGAUAAGGCCUGGCUACGCGACCAUCGAGGUCGACCUGAAGCACGAGAAGGCCGCGGGCGACGCACCGCGAGCCGCGUCUCGCAAGGCCAAGAAGACCCGGCAGAAGGAGCGCCGGGCGAAGGAGGCCGGCGAGCGCGCUGCGAGCGAGGCCGAGCGCGCGGAGCCCCCGCGCGCGCAGCUGCGCGAGAACAUCCAGUACGUGAUGGCCGGGCUGCGGACUGCAGCUGCGCAGGCGCGCAGCCAGGCCGGGUCCAUUAUUGGGAUCCCUUGCGCACGCUAA